CACGUCACGUCGACGUCAAAAUUGAUUUGACAUUUCGAAUCCGAGCAAAACUUUGCGAUUAGCGAUCACAGAGUGAUUUAUUCAAUCAAAUUAUGUUAUAGACCAUCAAAUUAACAAAAUAAUGGUAGACGAAAGUACUAGGAAGACUUUGAGCAGCAUACCCUUGCUCCAAACCAAAGCGGGACCUAGAGAUAAAGAAUUAUGGGUGAAUCGAUUGAAAGAAGAAUAUCAGGCACUGAUCAAGUAUGUCCAGAAUAAUAAAGCGGCAGACAAUGAUUGGUUCCGUUUAGAAUCGGAUAAAACUGGCACAAAGUGGUUCGGCAAGUGCUGGUAUGUACAUAACUUGCUGAAGUAUGAAUUUGACCUGGAGUUUGAUAUACCUAUCACGUACCCAACCACAGCACCGGAGUUGGCUUUGCCUGGCCUUGAUGGGAAGACAGCUAAAAUGUACAGAGGUGGAAAAAUCUGCCUGACGGAUCACUUCAAGCCGUUAUGGGCUCGGAAUGUGCCCAAGUUUGGGAUAGCACAUGCAAUGGCCCUUGGGUUGGGACCUUGGCUGGCUGUUGAAAUUCCUGACCUCAUCGAAAAAGGGGCUAUCACUUACCAAGAGAAAACCGAAGAAGCCAAAUGAUGAAUGGACAGUUUUAUUAACAUUAUAUGUAUAUACUUGUG